AUUUUGCCCCCCCCCCUCGCCCAUAAACGGAAAAUGCCUUUUGGUUUUGGUUUCUCCAACGAAAUUUGCUCUACCAAAAAGAGAUGGCCAAACAUUUUGUUCCCCCUCAUCCAGGUAUAUUUCCCCAAAAUUUGUAAAUAAAUAAAGAUUUUGCGCUACCAACUUCGCUGUUUAGGCUAAGUUGCUUCAGUUUCCCCGAUUCCAGAUAGCUGUGAUCGAGGAGCUGACGUCUGUCUCUGAUGAAGAUGUCACAUCAGUGACAGACCCCAUGCUCGGUAGUUUCAUCUGCACCCUAUUCCGCAGUGCGCUGGCACCCAGAUCAACCUUACCUUAUUAGACUCACCUCUAUCUAGAGUUCGCCUGCAAUCAAGCGCCAUAGCCGAUCGGAACCUGACAGGGUCCUCGCCGUGACCUGACUAUCGCUGCAUAUGUAUACGAGAUGCUUAUUAUGGAUGCCUUAGGAAGCCUAAGAUCUAUGCAUGAAAUAACGGUGCCCGUUCCCCUAUCCGUUAGGGACCCGUCUGUAAACCACACGAGUCUCUCAGGCUUGAGGAACGGGCAAUCUGAGUUCAUCCCAGGGUUCAUCCACUGCUCCUUUUCCGGAAGAGUAACUCUUCGGUCCCGAUCACAUCCCUUCUAGCUAGGAGGGGCCAGUGCCCAAGGCUGCUUCGCUUCGAUCAUUCCACUCGUCCCAAACGUUGAGCCAUAUGGAAGCCUUCCGAGCCUCUGCUUCCACAGUUAACUGUAAAGACACUAGUACCAGAAGUGCCUCCAUGGCCAAAGUUGGCGUGGUUUUUAAGACCCCAGUGACUCCCAGACAGCUUACAUUGGUAGUUAAAUAUAACAUCCCAAAGAGUCGGACUUUUCGCUUUCACCCCGUAUCCCAAAAACAAACGGAGCAAGAUUGUGAUGGCUCAAGGUCGCGAAAAUCCAGGAUGAUAAAGGCAGAACUACCUUCAGAGAGGGUGGAACAGUUCGAAAUGGCGAUAAGCUCCUGGAUCGAAGACUACGGUUCCGAAAUGUUCAAAAACUUCAACAUGUCCAAACUGGGCCGGGACGAGGCCUACUUGAACAUCACCUCGGAACUGCCAGGGCCACUCCAUCUCUACACCGUGUACAAUGAGUGCCACAUGUGCCCUUUCACGAAGGAGGGCACAAUUGACAGUGGGCGCAUGGUGAUCAGCACACGCUUCGAAAAGACAUGGCGUAUACUGAGCUCACCAAACGAGACCAUUUUGUGCAGCUUUUCACCCGAUUUCGGCGAAUUUGGCGUUUACGAUCUGACAAUUGGGAGCACGUGCAAACUAAAGACGCUGAAGGACCCGGUGAACAUCUACUUCCCGAUACUCACCGUUGUACUAAUCUACGCCCUCGUCGCUUUACUUUCGGCCAACUUCGUCUACAUCUUCAAGGUGUACACCAAGCCAGUCGAAAGGCAGACAACAUCUCACGAUAUUGACCCAAAGCAGUGCACGCAGAGAAGCAGAGUCAUCUCUCUGGAUACCUUCCGAGGCAUUACCAUUUCGCUGAUGAUCUUGGUCAACUUUGGCUGUGGUGGCUACGCCCUCUUCGACCACGCGACAUGGAACGGUCUACAGUUGGCCGACGUCGUCUUCCCAUGGUUCAUGUGGAUCAUGGGCGUGUGCUUGCCCAUCUCGAGUCAGUCGAUGAGCAAACGCGGAGUCAAGAGAAAGGAGGCCUUGUUGGGCGUGUUAAGGAGAUCCUGCGUUCUGUUUGGUUUGGGAUUGUUCCUCGGCUCCGGACGUAAUUUGGACACGUUGCGCAUCUUUGGUGUUCUGCAAAGGUUCGGCGUCUGCUACCUGAUAGUGGGCACCACGUUCCUCGCCUUUCCACCUUUGGUGAACUCGGACCCGCCUGUCGAAAAGAAAAGCGUGAAGAUGUGGAUGGAUGUCUACGCGCUGAGGCACCAGUGGUUUGUGGUGUUUCUGUUGGGUGUACUGCACGGUAUGCUAAGCUUCUUCGUGCACGCUUCGAACUGUGCCAGAGGUUACCUGGGUCCGGGGGGCCUCCACGACAACGGAAGCCACGUGGGGUGUACUGGAGGCGCGGCUGGGUAUAUCGACCGAUUGAUUCUCGGCAACCACAUUUACCAAGGCUCUGUCCUGCGGGAGAUUUACAAGGGGGACGCCUUCGAAGUUGAAGGAAUCCUAGGUUGUAUCACAUCUGCCAUACAAGUCUAUUUGGGCAGCCAAGCUGGAGCAACCAUCUUAUUUUACAAAGGGCACACCUCCAGGUUACUGCGCUGGAUGAUUUGGUCGACAGUUUUGGGACUUAGUGGUGGAUUUCUCUGCGGAUUUUCGAGGGAAGAGGGCCUAAUUCCUUUAAACAAGCAUCUCUGGUCGCUGUCGUUCGUGUUAGUUACGUCCAGUCUUGCGUUCUUAGCGUUGGCCAUUUGUUACGUGCUCGUGGAUGUCAAGAGGUAUUGGUCUGGAAAACCUUUUCUCUUCGCGGGGAUGAACGCGAUCCUCAUGUACGUCGGACAUAACCUCGCUUUUAAUAAUUUCCCAAUUCGUUGGUCACCCAACGGUGACGGAUUCAAGACUCACUUCGGAACGCUUUUUGAAAAUGUUUGGGGAGUUGCGGUAUGGCUGUUGAUUGCGUAUCUUUUAUUUAGGCGCAAAUUUUUUCUGAGUAUUUAAAUUGGGGGGGGGGGGGCUAUAGCUGUUAUGU